AUGAGUUCGACAAAGCGGAAGCGCGACGCGGCGGAAAACGUGCCGCGCAAAAAUGCAAAAACCUCGCCCGAGGAUUGGGUGGAAGGCCGAACCAACCGCGAGCUGGCAAAACCUUACCUGCUCGCGGUGGCCAAGAUGCCGGUAGACGCAUUGGAUACCACGUGGAGCGUCGGCAGGAACCGCGCCCUCGACCACGGCCACGUGCGCAGGUUGAGGGAGACGUUCGCAACCACCGGCCUCGAGCGAAAUGCGGACGAGAACAGGCUUUUGCUCCUUUGCAGCGCCGACGAGGUGCGGCGGGCCAAGUCCGAGCACGGACCGCCGGACGGCGACGUGCUCACCUUUUUCAACUGGGCUACCAUUAACGACCAGGCAGAGGUGAUGGCGGGGCAGCAUCGCAUCCAGGCGCUGCGGGAAUAUGUUCGGAAGGCCAAGGCCCCGCCGAGCGAGAUGUGGUGGACCUGCGAGCUGUACGACAGAGACCGCCUGCCGUCCGAACUUAACAUCAAAAUGCGAAUCAACCGACGAAACCCUGGGUUGCCCGACAACCAAGGACAAAUCUGGCUGCAGCUUAUGUCGAUCGCUUCCGAUCCGGCAGGGUCGCUCGCGCCCGGAAACACCGUUAAGAUCGACAACAAGCUCGUCGGGGCGCUCCGCCUCGGUGGCGAGAAGAAUUUCCCCACGCGCCGGCUGGUGUCCAUUUGGAACCGCAAAGCGUGGCGCGAAAGGGUUACGAAAUGGUGCAGCACGAGGCUCGGAAUGGAAACGUUUAACAUAUCGAAUUUCGAAUGGCUGGCCAGGUUACGAAUCGACGAAUAUUGGUUCGACACACUGGACGCGGCGCUCCACACGCUCGAGGCCUUACCACUGGACAAAAAGGCAUACCUCGGGCGGGAGGAAUGGUCCAGGCUGGCACGUGCCCUGGACGGUAAAACCCGGGACGAUUUAAGCAUCGCCGUCGAUGGGCUGUUUUACACGGAAAAAAAGGGACGCCGCACCAGAACCGAGAAUUUACUCCCUCACCUGUCCGACGAGGCCUACGAGGCCGUCGUGCACGCAGCCGCAACCGGCAACCUCGCAUUCCCAGACGUUAAACACCAGCUCCGCCCUCGCAAAAAGGAAAUGCUGUUAACAAUUUCUAUAUUGCAGCACGUGGUUGCCUGGAUAAACCCAGCCUGCGCCCUCGAGAUAGACAAUAUUAGCCCGACCGCCAAAGACAAGCUACCCAUUUGCGUUUAUUUGUUAAAAGCACUUUCCCGGAUGGCCGCCGAAAGGGGCGACGACGAAUACCCCGAUAACGCCGCUCGGACCAUUUAA